UUGGAGAGGUUAUAUUUCAGCAUUAAUUUGGCAAUCAAAAUUCCAAUAUAGAACGAUUUUAGCAUUAAAAUUACCUAUUCAGAACCAUAUGAUCUUAAAUCAAUUGCCUAACUAUUUGGCACUUUAUACGGCCUAUUCCGGAAAAUAUAGCAUUUUUUAACACCUAAAGGACUUGCUAAAAGUCAUAUGGAUAAUAAGAUAACUUUAUGGGAUAAGGUUUAACCAACUAGUCACAAUAAAACACAGUUUGUGGACAGUCGCGACGAUUAAAUCCUAUGUCACUUAUGCUUAGAAUACAGAGAUGUCUUGGCACAAAAUUGUAAGAAGUUGUAAUUUUAAAAGAAAAGUGAAGCGAAAUUUCCAACGAAUUACAACUGGUCAGUUUGCAAUAGAUACACCGGAAGAAGAUAACUCUCGUUAUUUAACUGAUGGCGGCAUUGAACCUGACCCUCUAGAAUCAGAUAUUCACGAUGCCAGUACCAGUGGCUUAACAGAAAAACCGGCUUCAGAACAACCAAGUUCAUCGAUGGAUUGGAAUGAAGAUGAUGAAAUUGAUGACUUUAAGAAAUUUGAUUUUAGUCAAAAUUUAAAAGAUUGGGCACUAAAAUCUAACAUUAGACACGUUGCCAUUAAAGAUCUUUUAAAAAUUAAAAAAAAAAUACAGAGGUCAAGUUUCCGAAGGACCCUAGAACUUUUUUGGCUACUCCAUGUAAAAUAAAUUUACGGGAUAUUGCGGGAGGUCAAUAUUGGCAUAAUGGAUUAACUAAGUGCUUGCAAGAAAUAUAUCAUAACAUAGAAAAAAACCAAAAUAUGUCUAUAAAUAUUAACAUCGACGGAUUGCCGAUUUUCAACUCCUCGAAAUACGAAUUUUGGCCCAUACUGUUCAAUGUCAAUGAAAUGUCAUGUAAGCCAAUGAUAAUUGGUAUAUAUUAUGGAAAGACAAAAAUGUAGUGUUAAUACAAGGAUUAAAGUAGGUAUGAUUGCUCACAGUAACCAAAAACAUAUCAAAAUCACAGAUUUACAGAAUUUUUUACAGUAUUCUGUAAAUCUGUGCCAAAAUAUGAAGUCCAAUACUAUACAAUUUUUAAGUUUUAAAUAUUUAAAAAUCUGCUUUUUAUAUGUAUUACAUUUUUGUAUUUAUUAAAUUUACUAAUAAAAAAAUCCAAAAUUUAUAAAGAA